AUGGCUGAUGCUGGGCUGAUAUCCGCAUUUGUUGAAAGAUGGCACAGAGAGACCAACUCAUUUCAUCUGCCAUUUGGAGAGAUGACUAUCACCUUAGACGACGUCGUGACUCUACUUCACAUCUCACCACAUGGUAAAUUUUUUGAUGCCCCUUUGAAUAUGAAUACUAAUAAUGCUGCAAGAGCUGCACAUGAGUACUUAGGUGCAACAUGGGAGGAAGCAUGUGCUGAGAUUAGUUAUAACAAAUGUGCCCAAUAUAGAUUGCAAUGGUUGCGUGAUUUAUAUAGCCGUCUCAUUCAAACUAACCAGUUUGAGUGUGCGGCUAGAACGUAUUUGUUGCAUUUAGUUGGCUGCACUAUUUUCGCCGAUAAAACACAUACGCAUGUUGAGGCGAAAUACAUUACUCUUUUUAUUGAUUUACAUCGUUGUCGAGACUACUCGUGGGCUUCCGUGGCAUUGGUUUUCCUUUAUGACAACCUGGGAGAUGGAGCUGUCCACGACACUCGACAGUGUUGGAUUUACGAGCACUUCCCUAGGACCUGUAAGCAGGGUGAUAGAGGAGCGGUUCCUGCGCAUCUUCCAAGAGCAUGUAGGUGGAAUGCAAAACAUGUUGAAGGUGGAUUGAUGACAUAUCGUCGGAGACUUGAUGCGUUGUUGCUCAAGGAUGUAGUGUUUACACCAUAUGAUGAUGACCGAGCUAAUCCUCCGUUUGUAUCGAUUUCGAUGUUUUCUGGAUAUCUUCGAUGUGGUGGAGUCUCAGUCCCAUAUUUGCCAGAGCGAUGUCUUCGACAGUUUGGUCGUAUUCAGUGCAUUCCGCGUGACGUUCCUCCGAUGCAGGACAAUAUAGAUUUGGUCGUAUUCAGUGUAUUCCGCGUGACGUUCCUCCGACGACGUUUCUCCGAUGCCGUAGAGCAGCUGAGCUUGCACAUAUGGCCUUAG